UUUCCACAACCCUCCCAGUGUCAUUUAUCUAUGCGUCAGUUAAAUGAAAAUUUCUAUCAAAUUCGUUCGUAGAUGAUUCAAAAGGCUUGAUUUCAGUUCCGUUUUCUUUGGACUACGACCGAAACGUUGCAAAACCCGACUUACAAAGUGUUCGUUGAUUUAACGAUUUAAAAAUGUUGAUAAAAGUAAAGACCCUCACAGGAAAAGAAAUCGAAAUAGAUAUCGAGCCAACGGAUAAAGUAGAAAGGAUCAAGGAACGCGUUGAAGAAAAGGAAGGAAUUCCUCCGCAACAGCAAAGGUUGAUAUUUUCGGGGAAGCAAAUGAAUGAUGAAAAGACUGCCCAAGAUUACAAAGUGCAGGGAGGUUCGGUCCUACAUUUAGUUUUAGCUUUACGCGGUGGCACAUUAUUUUUGUCAAUUGAAUGUUAAUUUUUAGCCUUAUGUUAAUUUUAAUUGUGUAUUAAGCGAAACAACUCAAUAAAUUUAUGAUUCAAUUUAUAUACUAGAUAAUUUUGUAUUUGCAAAAUUGUUUGGUUGGUUUAAAUUGUUGGUUUUUGUUUUUAGAGAAUUAUGGGGUUCU